AUGCCACUCACCAUUGAACCCCUCCAUCCCACCUUCGCGGCCGAGAUCCGUGGCGUUGACUUCUCCGAGCGGUUGACGGAAGAUGUCUUUCAAGAGAUCCAAGCUGCUAUUACCAAGUAUGGAGUUCUCGUGUUCCCGGCGACAGGCCUAGACGACGAACGCCACGUCGCCUUCGCCAGCCGCUUCGGCAAACUCGAGCGCCGCAAAGACACAGGCGCGCCGUCGCGGAUGAGUUUGGCAGAGUUGACAGACCAGGGCAACAUUGAUGCCAAUGGAAAUGUCAUCGGCUCUCAAGAUCCGCGAGCUCAGAUCAGCAAGGGCAACACACUCUUCCACGUCGAUAGUAGCUUCAACGCCCAGCGAGCGAGCUACUCCAUCCUCUUGGCCCAUGAGAUCCCGCCGCUGGAAGCGGGCGGCAACACCGACUUUGCCGAUACGCGGGCGGCGUGGGAUGAGCUCCCCGAGGAAUGGAAGCACGAACUCCUGGCCAAGGAUUACGUCGCGGGCCAUUCGUUCUGGUAUUCCCGAAAGAAGGCAUGUCCCGACUUCUUUGCGAAGCUGGAGCCGGGGAAGCAUCCGAUGAGCAAGCACAAGGUCGCCCAGCUCCAUGAAGCGAGCGGGAGGAUGAACCUGUUCGUGCCGUCGCACUGUCACCACAUUGAAGGUCUCGAGGAGGACGAGGGGAGGGAGAAGCUGGAGUACCUUUACCGGCAUGCCACGCAGGACAGGUUUGUGGUUUCGGUUCCGUGGAAGCAGGUGGGCGAUCUGGUUAUGUGGGAUAACACUUGUACUCUCCAUCGGGGGACGCCGGUGGUCGGAAGCCAUAAGAGGGAUAUGAGGAGGGCGACUGUGCUGGAUGGGAGCAAGGAGGCUUGGGGUUUGAAUGAGAAGGUUGAGAGGGACUUUGCUUUCGCGGGCGAGGUCAUGGCCGAUGUUGUUCGGUGCUUGUCUGGGUGA